AUGGCGCAGAUUUUGGCACCUUCGACGCAAUGGCAGAUGAGAAUCACGAAAACCUCUCCGUGUGCAACUCCGAUUACAUCAAAGAUGUGGAGUUCUUUAGUUGUGAAACAAAGUAAGAAAGUUGCGCGUUCUGCUAAAUUUAGAGUGAUGGCAGUCAACUCUGAAUAUGGCACCAUCAAUAGGGUGGAGGAUUUGCUUAACUUGGACAUCACUCCAUUCACCGACAGCAUAAUUGCCGAGUACAUAUGGAUUGGUGGAACAGGAAUCGACGUGCGCAGCAAAUCAAGGACCAUAUCAAAACCUGUUUCGCAUCCCUCCGAGCUUCCUAAGUGGAACUAUGAUGGAUCUAGCACUGGACAAGCCCCUGGUGAAGAUAGUGAAGUGAUCCUAUAUCCUCAAGCAAUUUUCAAAGAUCCUUUCCGUGGCGGAAACAAUAUUUUGGUCGUUUGCGAUGCAUAUACACCAGCAGGUGAGCCUAUCCCUACAAAUAAGAGACACAAAGCUGCUGAAAUCUUCAGUAACCCAAAGGUUGUGGCUGAAAUUCCAUGGUAUGGAAUAGAACAAGAGUACACUUUACUUCAAACAAAUGUGAAAUGGCCAUUAGGUUGGCCUGUAGGUGGCUAUCCUGGUCCUCAGGGUCCUUAUUACUGUGCUGCCGGAGCAGAUAAGUCAUUUGGACGUGAUAUAUCUGAUGCUCAUUACAAGGCUUGUAUAUAUGCUGGAAUUAACAUCAGUGGCACCAAUGGAGAAGUUAUGCCUGGACAGUGGGAGUAUCAAGUUGGUCCUAGUGUAGGUAUUGAAGCUGGUGAUCAUAUCUGGGCCUCAAGGUACAUCCUUGAGAGAAUUACUGAACAAGCUGGAGUUGUGCUCUCUCUUGAUCCAAAACCAAUAGAGGGUGAUUGGAAUGGUGCAGGAUGUCACACCAAUUACAGUACAAAGAGCAUGAGGGAAGAUGGAGGGUUUGAGGUGAUAAAGAAGGCCAUUUUGAACCUUUCCCUUCGCCACAAGGUCCACAUUGAAGCAUACGGAGAAGGAAACGAAAGAAGGUUGACAGGAAAGCAUGAGACAGCCAGCAUUGACAAUUUUUCUUGGGGAGUAGCUAACCGGGGAUGCUCAAUCCGUGUGGGAAGGGACACUGAGAAGAAUGGCAAAGGUUACUUGGAAGACAGGCGUCCGGCUUCAAACAUGGACCCGUAUGUGGUAACAGCACUACUGGCAGAAAGUACAUUAUUGUGGGAACCAACUCUAGAGGCUGAAGCUCUUGCAGCUCAGAAGCUUGCAUUAAAGGUCUAA